CACUUAAAACCCGGGGAAACAACUGUGACUACUAAACUGCCACCAGCUGAAGAAAUAUAGCUACGGAAAAAGACAAUGAGAAUCUUUUAAACUGCCAUCAACUUAUAAGUUCCCCGUUCAACUGUUCCAAAAGUCCAUAAAGAUUCUUGAAUCCUCGGGCGCAAGGCUUUUUGGGACUUUCUAGUUUCUAAGUAAAAUCGAUGUCAGCUUCUUGUGCUACGGCUGGGACAGAAUGGUUGAAUCCGACAGGUAACAGGUUUGCUGUACCUGGAAGAAGUAAUCAGUUCAAAGGGGGCAGAUGGGAAUUAAAUAGAAGGAAUUUUGCUAUUAAUGGAAUUGUUGCUACUGGUGCUUCAGUUAUGCCCCCUUCUGUAGUUGCUGAAUCCUCUCAAGGCUUGCAGCAAUUACCAUUUAAACCAGAGGGUUACAACUACUGGACAUGGCGAGGCCACAAAAUUCAUUAUGUAGAGGAAGGGGAAGGGUUUCCAGUUGUUCUGAUUCACGGAUUUGGUACUUCUGCUUUCCAUUGGAGGUAUAACAUACCUGAGCUGGCUAAAAAUUACAAGGUGUAUGCUCUGGAUUUGCUCGGAUUUGGCUGGAGUGAGAAGGCACAAAUAGACUAUGAUGCCUUGAUUUGGAGAGACCAGCUUGUCGACUUCUUAAAGGAGAUAGUUAAACAACACACAGUUUUAGUAGGGAACGGUCUUGGAGGAUUUACUACAUUGUUAGCAGCAGCAGAACUGCCAGCUGAGCAAGUCAAGGGGGUUACCUUGUUAAAUAGUGCAGGACAAUUUGGGGAUGACAUUACUACAACUGACACAAGUGAAGAGACAGCCUUAAGAAAGUUCAUUGUAAGGCCAGUAGAGGAAAUCUUUCAACGUGUUGUCGUCGGAUUGGCAUUUUGGCUAUCCAUGCGACCAGCUCAAAUUGAAGCUCAGCUGAAGAGUGGUGUCUAUAGAAACCAUUCGAAUGUGGAUGAUUACCUCCUCAAUUCAAUUGCUAUUCCUGCUGCUGAUCCAAAUGCAGGGGAAGUUUAUUACCGACUAUUAAGACAACUUAUAUCGAACCCGAGAAAGUAUACACUUGAGAGUGUGUUGAGCCAACUCUCUUGCCGAUUGUUGUUGUUGUGGGGUGACCUAGACCCUUGGGUUGAUCAUGCAAAGGCAAAUCGAAUUAAGGAGUUCUACCCAAACACAUCGCUUGUAAACUUGCAGGCAGGGCAUUACCCCCACGACGAAGUUCCACUACUAGUGAAUAAAGCUUUAUUAGAUUGGUUAUCAACCUUGGGGUUGUCAGAACCUUCUCUUCGAACAGUGCCAGAAAUUUAGCCUCAUUGCUAACGUAUGCACGACGUAUGUUGUUAUUGAAGUGUACAGCCCUCUGACAAACAAGGCGGAAUACAUCCGGAGAUACUUAAAGUUGGCACCGUUUUUCAUUUAAACACUUAAACUGAAGAGCACUUAUACUACACUAAACUUGUUCCAAUUAGGCACUUUUUUAACAAUUAACCAAACUUAAAAA